AUGGAACAAACGUACGCUGAAUGGUUUCAAGAAGAAAUGGAACAUUGUGUAUCUGCGCAAUAUUACCAGCAAGAGCAGGAACGACAGGGAUUCGAAUCUCCUCGCGCUCCAUCAAAAUCUCCAAUCACUUUACAAGCCGUCACACCUCAAGCCUCACAAAUUGAACAAAUGGAACGUGUAUCUGCACAAUAUCAUCAGCAACAGCAGCAACGAGAGGAACUCGAAUUACCUCGCGCUCCAUCGUACUCUCCAAUUAUGCCUCAAGUCCAACAAGCAUCUGCACAGGUAUCUGCAGCCUCAGAAUCCGAAAUCUUCCCCGCAGACUUACCUUCCCCAAGCGUACCAAUCCGUUUAGAACCCCACUCAUCAAUUCUCGAUCAUCUCACACGGCAAUACAAUGCAGUCGGACCGCAGCCAAAUAUUCCCCACGUCAACCAUGCACACAAGGAUCAAGUUGACGUUUCUGAGACGCUGGGCCAACAUUUUACAGAUCGAAUGCCGUUUAUUCGUGCUACGUCCAGAAGACUCCAGGCUGUGAUUGGGGUGAGGAAUGAUUUGCAAUUUGAUUUGUUGAUGGGAACUGGAAAAAACGAUGCAGAUAAUCUGGUUCUUGGGCCAAAUAGGGAAUUGGUGGAUUUAGGGCGCAAGGUGAGGGGACUAGGUGGCUCGAAUGUGAAUGCGAAUGUGAAUAUGGAUAUGAAGAAUAUCAAUGCCGAUACGGGAGAGAGCUCAGAUACGACAGGUCAUGUACGCAAUAUUCACGCUGCUCUCAACGCUCUGCCGGCUUCCUCUACCGCUUCGAAUGCUUCUUCUCAACACCAACAAAGUACCACACAACCCAUGGUCAAUAAUAUCACGCAACAUAGCGAAGCCUACAAAACACCAACAAUAACACCGGCCUUCCCACCCUCAGUUAAUCCCAUCACCGGCCAAGGACUCCGCGACUACCUACUCACGCGCGCGCUGAUUACAGGCUCCAAGAAGAGAGAGUGUAGGAGUAUCUCAUUUCAUGAUUUCACGCCGGAUGUGAGGACAGGAGAAUUUCGAAAUGAAUUGUUGGAGCAUUUUGGAGUGGAUGGGAAGAAUGAAAGGGUGGAGAUUGUGGAGUUGAGUUUACCCGAUGCAAACGGAACCCUCCACCCCUGGCUCUCAAUCCUCAUCCAACGACCUCUCGUAACCCUCAGCACCCCCUCCGCCAGUCCAUCCACCAGCACACCCCCAAACUUCCCCCACCCCACUCCCACUUCCUGGCUCUGUCUCGCCGUACCCCUCGCAAACAUUACCACCUACCCCAUCCAACCCGAUACAUCACUCCCCUCUUCUCUCCUCGAAACCAUACUGAUCAAGAACAAACACGGUCUCCCCACUAAAAAAAUCGCCAAGCGUCAAGAUUAUGACUUUUCCUUCCAAGGUGUUCCUAUCUUUGAGUUCUCGACUCGGAGUUUAUUUGCUGCUACCUUUUUAUCUUCCUCUUUAUCCACCGAGAAUGGAGUCGCAAACGCAAACGCAAAUUCGGAUUUCAACGAGAAUGUAGAACCAAUUGCCGAUUUCCUCUCCGUCAACAAUCUCCCCCCCUACGAUCCCAAAGACCCUUACCGCCAAUUCCCCUCUCAAGUAACCCAAAAUCCCGAACUAUUACACUCUAUCGCCUGCAAAUAUGCAUAUGAAUCGGGACUUCGCGGCGAGAAACUGGCUACAUUUGGGGAGAUAAUGGUGGAUGAUCAGGGCAUUGAUAUUAGCGAGGAACUUUCUCCCAAUGAAGGAGUUUGGUGGAGUGUAUUUUAUAGGGGAAUGAGUGCCGAUCGGAUUAAAUGGGCAAAGAUACGACGUAGUAUGGGACGGGGAAGAUGCAGAGUGGUGGUGAGAUGGCAGGAUGUUCCCGAGGAGUUUAGGGGGAUGGUUGGUGAUUCGGAUGCGGGUUUGAGUAGAAGGACGAGUGAGGUUGAGAAGAUUAUGGAGGAGAUGACGAAGGAGAGUUUGCAGUGGAAGAAGAGAAGGGGAAGAAAGGGUGGGAUGAUGAGUGCUGGUGAUAGACAGAACGUGGGAUUGGGUGUUAUGAAUGCGAAUGUCGGCACUCAUGCUUAUACUACUAGACCGGCAUCGGGAGAAGCAUUGAGGAAUAGCUUGCGCGCGAAAGCAAUUGGUAAUAGAAUGAGUAUGAGCCCAGGUGUCAGUGGAGGUUAUGGAACCCAAAAAUAG